CAGGAGGGGUAAAUGGAGGGCAGACUACCCAAGAAAAUGGGACCAAGGAUAGCGGGUGGAAGUGCUUCAAUGCCCAGCUUGCUAAUGCAGCAGCAGCUGACCACUCACAGCAGGCACCGUGUCUUCGGCUCGUCUCCCUCUCAUCGGGAUCUGGUGCUAUGUCGGGUGAAGCCGUGAUCCACUCCAUCACGAUACAAGCCUAUUCUAGGACGUUAUCUCCAACAAACAUCCAGCUCAGUUGGACGAUGGUUGUUGCAGCAUCCAAACAAGGGGGGCAGGAAGAACGUUUUCCUCUCUACAAAUGCAGGAACAAGAUCAGUUGUGAUGUCCACUUGACUACAAGUUCCUAUCUCCAUGGUAACCCAGUUGUCAUGGUUACUGCAUCGUACGAAAAGACUCCUUGGAUAAAAACAGUUCUUCAUGUGUCCAUUCCGGAACAAGAUGAAACAGAAGUGCUACAAAUUGUUCCGCGUCAAACGUGGCGGAAUAAGUAUUUAGAGCACCAAACAAUGCAUAAAUCUCCUCGCCAGCUGAGUCGCAGACCUGAAAGACCACGCAGGGACUCGGGUACACCUCGGGGAUACAAGCAACCAAUAUCUUCUUGGAAAAGUCAUCCCCAACUUUCACACAAACAAAAGGGUAGCACCUACCCUUCGCGUGGGCAUUUGAGCAAUCCCAGUGGAGAUCCAUUAGAAAAUGGCCAGUCAGUGAACUACCGACAACGGAUUCAAUCCGAGUUCAUCGAGUUACAAAAGUUACAGAAGAGUUUGCACCAGCAAGAGAAGCAAAAUCACCAGAGACGGGAACAAUCAGCAAUCCAACAACAAAACAGACUUCACAUAGGGAGAAUCAUGAAGAAAUUUCAGGACCUCCGUCAAGGUCACAUCAAAACGCUGAAUCGCCUCACUCCUGGUAAAGGUCAUCGGUAUAAAUCGCCCUCCUCUCACAACAAGAAACCGCCAAAAAUUAUACCAAACUAUUACCCGUUUGUCCCACAUAGUCGGACUGACCAAACAACGAUUGCACCUCAUGUAACCACAGAAGUGCCUCCAACUGAAAAGACCACUUUGGUAACCACAACUGCUGCUCAAACUACGGAAGCAACAACAAGGCUACCUACGACGACUACUGUGACAUCUCCAAUUUAUGUUAAACCAAUGAGUAACCGUGAAAGAAUGAAGAAUGACCGGAUGGUAUAUCAGCGUCUCCGGUCGGAAGGCCAGGGACAUGCUUCGAAGAUACCCAGGACAGCCGGGGAUUAUGGUGCAAGUGAGGGUGCAACAUAUAACAGGGUAUCUUCAACUUACAGGGGAUAUGGAUUUCAGACACCAAAGCGAUCAGAGUAUCCUGAAGUGACUGCAUAUGAGAGCGAAGAGGAUCUAUAUGAGUACGAUUCGGUAGGAACCACCGAUUGGGACGAUGAUGCUGAAAUGGAUACCAAAGAGAACAAGCCAGAAGUAUUUCAAGAUGAAGAAUCUCGGUAUCGUCUAUCGCAGGAAGAAACAACGAGCAGCACUCCAAUGGAAAACGAGUUCACAGAUCACCCAUCCAGGAUAAUACCAAGUACGAAGACUUCAGCAAAUGUCAAUACUAGGUCUGUCUCGUGGGACUCUGAGGCGGAAUACAGCCAAGUAGUGUCGACAGACUAUGGAGAAAUCGAAGAUGAGAAUGUGGAUUAUACCGUCAGUGACGCAGGUAAUGUAGGCCAGGAAUCCGGUGUUCCUAAGGACACAUGGGGAGAACCAAAAUCAAGCAGGAGUAAACCUGAUCAAGAGGUUCUUGAAGCAAGCGAUCGUCUUCUUGUGAAAGAGGACAAUUCCAUGUCGGCACAAGUAACUGAUGAUAGGCUUAUGCCUGAACUGGGUAUGCCCCAAACGGAGCAGGUGUUCAAAGCCUUGCAGCAGGAUAUCAUCGCCGAAGAGCGAAACGAACCAGAGGACAUUAGAGACAACUCUCCCUUAUUUUCUGCCGAGUAUCCAGAUUUUCAACAGGAAUCCCAGGGCUUCCAAGCUGUUAAUAACGGACGGUUGGAUCGGUUGAAAAGUGCUAUAAGCAACCGUGGUGCGCGGGUAAGAAGGUCUAGAGGGUUGAGAGAAGAAAGUACCUAUGAGACAUCGGCUUCUGAACCGAUGGAGUAUAGCUACGAAUCAUCAAGCAGUCAACACGAUGUCAACCAGUCUCCCAAUGAAGCCAUGGAAGACAGCGACGGCAGAUCUUUGAACGAGGAAACAUUUGAAAAGAUGAAGGAGAACAUCCUCGAGGAAGAGCGAGUAGGAGGGAAUCACCGAAUCGGCGAAGGAAAUAUAGGGGACACAAUGUCCAGUAGUGAUGACAUCAACAAAGAAACGACCAAUGCCCCUAUACGGAACGUGGAACGUAUCGGAAGUAUCACAGAAACCCGUCAAUAUGACAACCUUUCAGAUGAUAACCAGGAGCAGGAGCCACGGCCUCAGAAUUAUGAUGUGACCCUCGAAGAGUCUGCUCUAGAAGAAGUUAGAAGUGAAGACAACCAAGCUGCAUCAGCUGAAGAUAUACCACCGGAAGUGCUGCCAAAACUGGACAGUUCUAGCUAUGGUCAUGAAGAAGGGAUGAUGGGAGAAAUCUAUGACCAAGAAUCGGGAGAGGGUAGUGCACCGCAGUCUCAGUCCAAAGAAUGGAGUAGGUGGUCACAGUGCUCGCAUUCAUGUGGACAUGGCACAAAGACUAGACACCGAGCAUGCACCGGACCUAACACUAACACCUGUUCUUCCGGUCUCGAGAUCGACGCGGUUCAGUGUGCGCUGCAGAAGUGCUCGUCAGUAGAAGUAAAGGUCUCCUUGUCGGAAUGGAGUGACUGGUCGGAAUGGAGCGUGUGUUCAGCCUCUUGCGGGAGCGGUCUCAGUCGUCGGGAGCGAUCUUGCCUCCACGAUCCGGACCAGGAGCCCGGUUGCAUUGGAGAAAGGGAGGAGACACGGGACUGCAGGCUUCGUGCAUGCGACAAUUAUGCCAAUGUAGAGAAUGGCUUCGAUUCGGGCGGAACCACGAGACGGUCUGAUCACGACCAUCACCACCAUACCAAACGGAUCAAAUGCCAUCUCGAUGAAAGUCGUUCCCAUCUACCCAUGGAGUUAUACUGGACGAGUCCGUCUGGUCAGAAAAUCACCCAUGCUAUGACGCAUGAAAGAGGCUCCAAAUAUCGUAUUGAGGGGACGACUCUUGUGGUUACUGAAGAUGAACCAACUGAAGGUAGCUACCAUUGUAUUGUCAUUUAUGGUGGAAGCAGUGGGGCAAACAAUAAAGGGAAAACAGUCCCUACGGGAGCCUGCAUCUCGAACCCAUGUCAUCAUAAGGGUGUAUGCCUGGACCAGCCCGAUGGACGCUUUAACGUCUCGUUCCGCUGUUUGUGCCCUGCUGGUACCGAGGGCGUGACAUGUCAUUUAGCUCCCUAUUUGAAGGGUGAUGCCGUUGUCUUUUCUCUACUGGGGUGGUUCGUCUUAUCAUCUGCCGUGUUGUUACUCAUCAUGUAUCUGUUCUUCAAUAAAAAGAUGAAGAAGAGAAAAAUGAAACAGAAGUUGGAACUCGACGAUGCUCCGGCCGAAAAACUCCUCGCAAAGAUUUUGCCCCAAUCCGAAAUCACGCCCUAUGCUGAUAGCGACGCCGAGGAAGAAGAGGAAGACACAAAGCCGCUCCUAAGCUUCCGACCUCCCCAAUUCGGCAAGAAGCAACCAGAGAAGAAGAUCGGGAAAACGGAGUCAACAGAGAAGCUCGAACCUUCUGGAAAAGGCAGGUUUAAGUCUUUUGUCAAGAGGAUGACGAAAUCGACAGCGGCGAAUGUUGAGAGGAUGGGUUUCCCGACACCGAAGCAGGUGAAGACGUUGACGACAGAAAUGAAAGAGCAGAGGAAUCAGAACAACUCAAAUACACUAGCUUGGAACAAUGUGGAGUCAGACAAUUCUGACUCCUACACUGACAUUAGCACUUCCUCUGAAAGCCUCUCUGAUCAGGACGCGGGAGGAAGCAGUCGGUUGCAGGUGAACUGCAACGUGAGACAUGUCAACAGUUCUUUCGAAAGUCUUCAAGGUCAUGAUGAAAGCAAAGCACGUAAGCUAUCGGUAAAUCACAACAUGAAUAACUGUUCAUGGGACUACAGCAAUGUUUCAUCAUGCGCUCCGUGUGACCUAAAUUCGUCAUCCAUCGUCGGUAACGACGACGACUCCUUCCUGGAGAUCUCGACCGAUGAUGUCCGUGAUUUCGAAAUCGCAAAUUCCUUUUCGGUGUUCAAAGGGUCGCCAUUGGCACGGGAAAAGCAAGCGGUGAUCGACCCAUCGUUGAUCUAUGGAAAUUCGAACUCGACCCUUUUGUGUUCAAGGUCGUUGUCGGAUGAACUACCACGCGCCUCUGAAAAACACCCAAUGUUCCACUUUGAACCUGAUUCUUGUAGCCCAUCUGCGAGUUGCAUUCCUGAGCGACUUAACAAUGGUGAUGUCCUAAGCCGUUCCGUUCCAGAUACGAGCUCACUGCGGCGCAGACCAACCUGGUCGCCGAAGACUCCCUUACCCCUAGGAAUUCGUGUACGACUUCCGCCGUCGCCGCCGCUUCCUGUAAGCCCAUCCAGACUGCCAUUACCUCCGGCGGUGCAGAGAACAUCUAGUAUGUUUGGGCCAACCAAGGAGCAUGCGAUCCUUGAACGGUAUCACAAACGCAGGAAGACUUAUCCAAAACAUGUCAAAUCCCAUUCUGAGUUAGGAACUGCCUGAUAUUUUUAAUCUUGUUUCCCACAUGGAAUCCUCAAGUUCUUGUUCUCCUGAAGCAUCGGACAGAGAUUGUUCGAGAUCAAGCUCUCAGAUGAAAGAGCGAGCAAGAGAGUACUGACGCUAUUCGUAAUUAUCAUUAUCUGAUAUCACUCUGUAAUAGACGAGAAUUCCGGCAGACAGGUGGUUGCCACUGCAACGAAUGGCAAUGAUAGUAUUGAAACACGAUGGUCAACAAUUCGGUAGCAAAUCCGCGAUCCAGAUGAUUUCCUGACAACGGCUUCCAUUGGACGAAAGUCGGCAGACGUCAUCGGAUUACUCCGACAGUUGACCAAUCAGUGUUCAAUAUGGUAGAUUGGUGGGGUGGUUGGGUCGGGAUUGUCUGUGAUUCUGCAAUAGGCCCGUAUUAUGUUACAAAAUGUUUAUUUGUGUCUUGCAGGUGUGUUUCUUUCUGCAUUUUGUAUCCAAUAGAACACUUUGAUGUUUCAAGUAUGAAGCAUUUAGAAAUUUUAUAUAAUUUCCCCCUAGCUCACAUGCAGGCUUUAAUGUAUCUUUUUUCUUCA